AUGUCACGAGAACCUGUCGCCGACGGACCGCGUCAUUUACACGAAAUUAAAUACCCCUCGAAGACGUCCCGUCAACUUCACCGGACGGCCCCCCUACCCCCCGCCACCCCACGCCCCGUCUCCACCCCAGCCCGCGGCAGAUGGAUUGAUAUCGCCCCACGAAUGCAGCACGUUGCAUGGGACGGCGCGGCGGGGCAGCUCUCGCUCGGCUGGACGAUUUGCCCGAGCAAAUUUACCAAUACUGUUAACGCGAUGGAAAAUAAACUCUGUACAUUUGCGUUAAGAGUCGCGAUGAUCGUCCGCGUAAGCGGGCACGUCGCAAAGACG